CUGGACACAAGAUCAGCACCCACAAUACUGGGUGGUUAAAGACACCCUCAAUGCCUCGACAGUCACCAGAGCCAACGCUAUCUCUGUCGCCUAGCACCUCCCAAGAUCUUACUUUCCUCCCGGUGAACCAACCCCAUUCUCCAGACAGUCUGCGAGCCAGGCGAGGAUACCAAUCCUGCGAUAACUGUCGACUCAGAAAGAAGCGAUGUGAGCCAUCAUCACGUAGCUCGAUUUGCUGGCGCUGUCAGCAGGAGUCCAGGGCCUGCCUGACGACUCAUCGGAGGAAGAGGAGAAAGCUGCGACCUCCAGUCGGCAGCGCAGUGUCCGAUGCUGUUGUGGGGGGCGAGGAUGGAGAAGCCGUGGCCGCGACAUCUCAAACAUCAACCACAGGGGCCGGAGCCCUACCUCACGCCUCGCAUCACAUCUCCGCCCGAGAUGACCUUGAACCAGCUGAUAUGCAGCAUCGCGCAUCCACGCCGCAAGGGGUGGCAGUGGUUUCUGGCAACCCGGACUGGGGGUCCAGCACCAAGGAGCGGAUUCUCUCGACGAGUAUCCUGGAUGCAUGCGACGCACUGGAUCUGAUCGCGGUCUCCGGAACAAAAGAUGGCUUGGAGAAGGAUGGGAUGGGAAUGGGGGAUCUGCAUCAGAGCCGGGGCACGGCGUCGCAGCAGCAGCAGCAGCCUUCAUCCGCCCCAACGGUCAGUGCGUGUCCCACGUCGGCGUGGGACCGCUUUUUCCUCGUCAAACGAGGGAUCAUCCAACCCCAUGAAGCGAUCGAGUACCUGGGCUUCUACUUCGCCCAGCUGUGGCCCCUCUUCCCCGUCAUUCCUCGGUGCUACGCAUCAGCGGACCGCUAUGCGGGCCUUGCGUCCGAAGAGCCGGUGCUCACGAUCAGCUUAGUGACGAUCGCUUCGCGGUACCAUGCCCUCCGCGGGUUCAACGGACAGGCUCGAUCGGAGCGAAUCCAUUGGCGCGCGUGGCCGUGGGUUCAACGGCUGAUCCAGUCCUCGAUCUGGGGGUCCUCCGCGAUGCGAAGUCUCGGUGCGAUCACAGCCAUGUUGCUACUCAUCGAGUGGCACCCGCGGGUCAUCAAUUCCCCCGAAGAUCUCAUCGGAGACUGCGGUGAGGUCGAGUUAUUUGAGCCGCCGCUCCACGAAGGCCCAGAAGCCCAAAUGGAGGGCCCAGCAGGACCGACAGACGUGUAUCGACGAUCCGACUCGUCGAAUGUCCCGGAGAGGCUCAAUAUCAUUGCGCCCGCAUACAGAAGCAGCAAAAUGUCUCGGAUGCUACUGUCUGUGGCCAUUUCCAUCGGACAAGAAUUAGGAUGCCUGCGCGAGGGGCUGGUGGUGGUGGUGGAUAGCACGCCUUCGAGGGGGGCAAGCCAGCCGCCACCCGCUCGGCUGGAGUGGAUCCGCAACCUGCGCACGUUCAUCCGGCUCACGGACGAAGCCUUGACAUUGCGCCUCAGGACCGAGCCGCAACUGUCGAGCAGCAGCUCCGCAGAGAUCGAUUGCGCGUCAGCGCCGCUUGUUGCCGAUGGAUGUGCCGGACCAACCAUCGAGCUCGCCUCUCACAUGUGUCAGGCGCGAGACCUUCUGCGCAGCUGGCGGAAGAGUCAGCAGGGCACGGGGCCUUCGGUGUCGAUCAGCGCCUGGGACAACUUCACACGUGGCUUGAACACUUGGGAAUCGAAACAUCUCGUUGGUGGAAGAGGUAAGCAAGGCUCCGCUCCGCAUAGACCAAUUCCCAAGGGACAGGGCCAGGUCCUUACGCAUCAACAACCAUAUCUGUCCCUUGGCGACGUUUGUCUCUACAUCGAAUACUACUACAUCCGCCUGUGUGGGUUGAGUCCGGCCUCGCAGACCUUCGAAAGCUCUCCCCGGAUCCACCCCCGGAACGCCUAUUUACGGUCCCUGUCUCAGUUCGCGGACGAAGCCACGAAAGCUUCCGUCGACAUGCUGGAGCUGAUCGUACACUUCUCCUCAUCUUCACGGCCCUUCCGGUACGCACCGGUGAGAUACUGGCUCUAUAUUUUCUGCGCGGCAUUAUAUCUGCUCAAGGUCACACUCCGGAACAACGAGCACGUGGACCGCCCGAACACGUCCGUUUCCCUAAUCACACGAGUCGUGGAGACGAUGAAGCACAACGCACCGGAUGACGUCCACAUGUCUCAACGCUACGCCGCCCUUCUCGAUAUCAUCGUCCAUGCGGCGCUAAGGACUUCACAAGACCGAGACCGGGAUCGGGAUCGCACGGCCCACCCCAGUCCUCUCCCGGCCGCGCAUAAUACGCUCUUGGAAGGCACGGAACUGGGUCUGGGCGAAGAGUGGAUCUUCGACGCGAGCUUUUGGAAUACGUUACCGGACAUGGUCGGGUUGGAUGGCGUGCCUGAUUUGAUCAUGCCGCCUUUCGAGUGACGUGAAUGUCGUCGAAGGCUUGAUCUUACGCUAGCUUGGGACAAUCAUACUACUUUCGCGAGGUGGAGAAAUUUGUGGAAAAGCGCCGCUGUGGCAGCUUUUUUUCGUGGCCUGUGAUAUCUUCAUCGGGUUGCCGUUCCCGUUCUCAUCCCGCCUGUUCUGGUAGACUUGGAGUAACUGCCCAACCGGGUGUAUCAAGGAUCAGCAUCCGUACUGCCUGCACCUAACCUUGCGACAAUUAUCGUCUACAGUGGAUACCGAAAAGACUUAUUCUCCCCAUCUGUCAGGUCGUCUAAUCCGUGUUCCCCACUCGGCGCACCAUACUUGGCGUCCCGCCUCUUACUCUGCG